AUGAAAGGGAGGACCUACUUCUCGGACGUCUGCAGGCCCGGCGAGUUCUCCAACAAGCGAUACACGAGCCUCCAACUGCUUGGCAGACGCCUGCGGUGGACGACCGAUGUCUCAAAUGCCGAUUGCGGGUGCAACGCCGCCUUCUACCUGACCUCCUUGCCACAGAAUCCUCAGGUCUCCGGGUGUGAGGAUUACUAUUGCGAUGCCAACAGUGUCUGCGGUGUGCGAUGCACCGAGAUUGACUUGCAGGAGGCCAACAAGCAUGCCUUCCACUCCGUGCUGCACCUUGCACAGGAUAACUCAGGCAAGGGUCUUGGAUACGGCGGUGGCUCGUCCUGGAACUCGCACCGUGACUGGACCAGGGAGGAGUACGGUCCUGGAGGCCGCUGCAUCGAUACGCGGAGGCCUUUCCAGGUGGAAGUUGGCUUUCCCACCGAUGGCCAGGGCCGCCUCCGUGCGAUGACUACGCGCCUUUCCCAGGGUGGAAGCAGCUGUGAUUUGUCGGCCCAAGUCUCGGCCGAGUCGUACCGCUUUGGUGGAAGCUCCAGCGUUGCAGAGCUCACUCGAGCCCUGUCACAGGGCAUGACGCCCAUGGCAAGCUAUUGGAGCGCCCAAGACAUGCUUUGGAUGGAUGGUCAGGGAGCGGACAAGCUCGGUCCUUGUGCACGGGAUGCUCCAGAGCGUUGUGGCGCCUCCAUCACAUUCUAC